UAACUUCCCACGUAGGGUACCGGAAGGAGCUCGAAAUACUUGUCAAAAUAUACGCUAGUAGGAACGAAAUUGGAGUGAAAUGUGGGAUAUAAUGAGAAUAGCUGGCAGUUAACAAAAAAGUCCGACUAUAGACGUUUGGACGAGGUUUAAGCGUAAGAAAACUACCCUAUUCAUUGACUAGCAAGUGAGCUACUUGGGUUUUUUUUCCUGCUUCAAGCGUUUAGCCGGCUAGCUAAGCGUUCAUGAGUUGAGAGUUUUGUCCUCACGGUGAAAAGGUGUGACCUUAGUAUGGACAAUGGCACCAUCUAUGUCCGAGAAAGAGGCAGCCUUCGUCGUGUCAGUGACAUAGUCCUGGCACAGCCAAAGCCAGUGUCAUCAUGCAGAAGGACAAAUCCUUUCGCGCUGAGAAAGGAACAUUUCAUAUUCACCUACAAUGCAGAGGGAAGUCUGAGAUACACCACAAAAUCUCUUUUUGACAUCACUCUGUUGUUCGUAGCCGACAACAUUCACCAUGUGGACUCUCUGGUGGGUUUCCCAGAGCAAAUAGGAGACAGACUUUUUGCGGCAGCAGAGGAGAAUCGUGCGUUUUCAAACACAGAUAUUUCUCCAAAAGCCCUGCAGUUAUUCAGUGAUGCAUAUGGACAGAUGGUGCUUGGGUCCCUGUGCCUACGAAAUAGGUUUCCACUCUUGCAUGAGAGGUUGGAUGAGAUAAAAACAUUUCAUAGUUUGAAGUCUUUGGAUUUGUUUGGCUGCAGACUGGGUGAUGAUCAUGAGAUAUUCCAGCAUCUAACAUCCACCUCACUGGCAAACAGCCUAAUCUGGCUAUUCAUCGGUGGUAACAGUCUUUCAGAUGUUGGCAUACAAAGAUUGACUGCACCUAUCCGGAUGAUGAGGAAGGGACUGGACUGUCUUCAGCUCCUGGAUGUUUCCUAUAACCCUAUCUCAGAGAGGGCCCUCAGAUACCUCACAUGCCUCCCCAAACUUGAAAAACUUAAUGUAUCUGGGACCAGUUUGAAGCUUGGGGCAGCAUUGAAGACAACCGUAUGGAACCUGUUGGGACUCAUUUGUUCUGAGAAUCCACUGGACACUUUUGAUCACUCGAGAUGUAAAACAGAAGGUUGGGCAGAGCAGGUUGUAAACCAGUGGGAAACGAGUAGCUCACAAAUGCCAAAACAGAAGAAAAUUGAAGCAUCAAGAACAUCAGCACUACGCUUUUUUGGAAGGCAGAAGUUCGUCAGAGAAGUCCUGCAUGCAAAACCCCUAGUAUGUGAGAGUGAAGAAGAGGCCAAGAGAGAGAGACUGCAUUUCUACAGACCUGCCGCAAAUAAUCACAUACUUGAGAAACGAGUUCCUUGCAAGAUAAAUCCUCAAGCGAAGACUUCCGGGCACAGUGUCAAAAAAAGACAGCGUCAGUUAGAAAGGUGUGACAGUUCACAUCAUAGCCCUCCAACAAAACGUGCGACGUCAUCAGCUCUUACUGCAGAGGACAUUGAUUUGUUGAACAGCUAUUGAGGUGUGCAUCUAUGUGGCAUUCCACAAAGAGCAGAGCACGGCGUGAGUAGGUCCGUCAACAGGUAACAUUAAGGCUCAAAGGAACAAGAAUGUUUUCCAAGAUGGUUCACACUGGUUAACUGUUAAAACCUUUUCUUGGAUACAGGUGGCGUUUUCCAUAUAUUUGUUUUAUAAAUAAAGUUCAGUAUUUUGCA